AUGGCAAGACUUCGGCCAGAGGAGCCUCAAGACUCCGCCUCGGAAGACGACUCAUCAGUCAUCGAACAGAAGACCAGAACCGUUGCCUUUGGGGGCUCUGAGCCGUCAGACUCGGACGCCGAAGAAUCUGAGAGCUCUGAUGGCUCGCAAGCGCCCCGGAGAAAAGCCCAUCACGGCGCCUUCUUCGACACGGAAGCCCUCGACGACAGCGCCAGCGAAAGCGACGAUGGCGAAGGCUCUGACGAUUCGGGCGAUUCAGAUCCCUAUGGAAGCUCCGGAGCACGAGCGAAGCCCUUUUGGGGACACGCUGUCGAUGGACCCCGCUCCUUCCCUCAGUUCAUGCGGCUGCCCAUUGAGCUGCGUGCACUCAUCUGGCACUAUUUCUGCGAUGAUCUGAACGUAUCUCACCGCGUUCUGGAGUUUUUUAUUCGCAGGAACGUGCGCGGAAAGUGGCUGGCUUUUGCCGGCAACUCGUUGCUCGCAAGGACGGCCGCCUCGCGGGCCAUGCUCUCCGUCUACCACGAAACCCGCAACCUGUACCUCGGCAGGUAUCCCCAUGUCCUCGACUUCUACACUGAGGAAUUAAAGCCCGCCACGUUUCCCUUCAACCGGGAUAGCGAUAUAGUCAUGAUCUCAGCCGGCGACAUCGAUGACGACCUGAAAGACUCAGGACCUUACAGCUAUGCGGACGGUCCCGACCGCUUUGAGAUCCCCGGCCUCUCAGACAGGAUCAAUCAUCUCGGCGUGGAACUGCCGCUCUCAAGAAGGAGCGACGCAGAUUUCAUCCCCUAUCAGUACUUUCUGAGCAUGCCCAACUUGAAGGCCGUGUACCCCUGCUUCGACAUCGAUGACCCUCAAAUUCACGUGUCAGACUUGAAAUGGUGUUUCUCUGACCACGCUAUUUCUUGCCAUGCAGAUACGGAGGAAAUUGAGCCCGGUUUCGGCGAGGAUUUGGAACUGAUUUAUGUGUGGCAUGACCCCAACGCCGAGUGCAACGGGGAAGGCGACUGUGCCACUCUGACUGCUCUCACUGGCCCUGGGUCCCUGAAUGCUUUCACUGGCCCUGGGUCCCUGAGAAAGAAUCUCCCGGAUGUUGACGAAGACGACUACAAUGACCUGAGCGAAGAAGCCAGGGUGGUCUGGCUCAAGGAAAUGGAGAGGCUCGAUGCGAUCAUGCUCUGCCCUAUGAGGCUGUUCUCCGGCUACAGACACAACUACCUGCUCAAUGUAGUGCGCCAAGCACGGUUGCCCGACGGUACAUUGGAUGAGGAGCGCCUCGUUUGGUCGGAGGACGACGAUGUGCCAGAGCCCGACUCGUUCCUAGACAACUACGACAGCGACGGUAUCGACGACGCUACAGUCCCAGAACCCGAGACAGACGACGACGAGGGCUCUGGGAUCGAGGAUGACACGCUGGCGAUGGAGUUGGGGCAAGGUUGGGCUGAAUCUUCUGCUGGGUUUUCACCAGUGGAAGGUGAGAUCCAGACGCACGAUCAUAGCGUGUACACAAUUCAUGACUCCUCAGAAGAAGAGGAAGCAGAAAGUAUGGAGGAAGAGGAGGCUGCGUCGCCGCCGAGAUCACCAACUAAGCGGAUAAGGGGUCGCCAGAUCAUCGAGGACGACAGCGACGAGGAUGAAGCUGGUGACGAGUCGGUCAUGGAGAUCGCUGCGCCAGAGCCAUUGCGGAGUAAAAAGCGAUCACGUGUCAUUCUAUCUGAUGAAGAAGACGAGGAAGAGCCUGCAGUACAAAGCAGGCCCGCAAAACGAGCUCGACCCGUGGUCAUCGAUGACGAUGACGAAGAGGAGGACGAGGAGUCUGACGUUGAGGAGGUUGCUCAGAAGACUCGCGGACGCGGGUCCAGUACGAGGGCGCCAGUCGUUCUGUCAGACUCGGAAGAGGAGGAGUCUGAUGACGAGGAUGAAGACGAGCCGCCAAAAACACUUUCACUCGCAGAACGCCUGCGACUACACCGAGAGGCGAAUCCCAUUGAUGAUUCGGAAGAAGGCUCCAGAUCAGAAGAAGACGAAAACGAUUACACCAGAGGCACGGACGAGGACGACUCGGAAAGAGGUUCGGAUGAUCUGGUGCUGGGAAUGGCAGACGAUGGCGAAGAAGACGAAGACGAAGAAGAAGACGAAUAUGAAGACGGGUACAGCUAG